AUGGCAUCAGUAUCAAACACGGGUGGUGGCGCAGGUAGCGGCAGCGGGAGUGACUGCGAUGGAGAUGAGCAGGAGGACCCCUCCUCAUCUAUACAGACAGUGUCGGAGACCAAACAUCUGUUGGAACGGGUGAACUUGGAUGAUGGGAAAAACAAUAUUGAAGAUGAAUUAGAAGUUUUUCGACAGCAAUGGCAGAGAGAACUUGAAUCUUCACCAUACAAGGGAGGUCAGUCUUCGGUGAAACCGGAAAAGAUUCAUAAAGAGCCUCUCACUGACGAGGAAGAGGCAAAACAAUUAUUUCUUCUUGGUGUUGAAUUUGAGAGAAAUGGAAAAUUAUAUGAAGCGAUUCAGCAUUACAAGCGAGCUAUACAAAUUCUUCCCGAUGUUGAGAGCAGGUUAUAUGAGGAAACAGACGGCAGACCUGACCCUCCGGAAGUUGAGUCUGAGAUGCAGGAGGUGAGUCGUGUUGAUAACAAUGAAGAUGAUGAUGAUGACGUUAUAGAAGGAGAGGACUUACUGUCUCGACUACAGAGGAUUGUGGCAAAGAAGGGAUACCUCUUAGAAAUGGCACACCCUACAAAGGGUGGUCACAUCUCAUGGUUGCCGUAUGAAGUGAUCCAGCUGGUGCUCCGCUGGGUGGUGGGGGCGGAGCUCGACGGCGCCUCCCUGGAGCGUGUGGCCGCCGUCUGUAGGGGGCUGUAUGUAGCGGCACGGGAGCCCGACAUAUGGCGCUGUCUGUGUGUCAAGACAUGGGGUAUAGAAUGUGGCACGCCGCGUGUGCAUGGUUACCCUACGUGGAGACAGAUGUACAUAGAGCGAGCGAGAUUGAACCUUAACGGAGUGUACAUAAGCAAGACCACGUACGUGAGACACGGAGAGAACAAUUUCCAGGACCAAUUCUAUAGGCCGUGGUACCUGGUCGAUUAUUACAGAUAUCUUAGGUUCUUCCCCGAAGGCCUGGUCCUUAUGUGGACCACAGCAGACGAGCCAGCGUCGUGUGUGGGACACUUAAGACACCGGGACACCAAGAACAGUCUGGGGAUAUUGUCUGGACACUACCGACUGGUGGGAGACACGGUGGCCAUAGUAAUAAAGAAGGCGUGUGAGAAGCGAGUGUCGCAGGCGAGCGGCAGGUACAGAUCGAGGAGGAAGGAGGUGGUCGAGCAACAGGAACAGAUCUUCCAUCUGGACUUGGAGCUAGGAAGUGUUCGUUCCCGUCGUAACAGUAAGCUCGUGUGGCGCCGGUACUUGGUGACGACCGGUCGCGACCACUGGACCUCCUUCGACCUGCUCCCCAACAAGUUCCCGCCCUUCACGUUCAGUAGAGUGAGGGCUUUUACUGCUGACACCGCCGCGCCGCUUAUGGGGACCACUUAG